AUGCUCGGGGAAGGGAACAAGGAUGCGGGGCCUUGGGACAGUGUGGGACGCCCCACGGCGCCCACGGCUUCGGCGAUCCGCCGCAACCAUCGUCUCUGCUCCGCCACCUCGGGCCGCCCCCCCUCCACGUCCCGCCGGCCGCCCUCUCUCGCCCUCCCCGCCGCUCGCCUCGUCGCCUCCAUCGCCCUCCGCACCUCCCUGUCGAGCGACCUCUCGUUGUCCCUCGCGAUCGCAUCGUUUCUUGUCCGCCAGUCGCCGACCCUCCGAUCGGCCCGCCUCGUUGUGCCCGCCUCUCUGGCCCACGCAGGCCUCCUGCCCGCCGCGAGCCUCUCUCUCCCCACCGCCACUCGUCCCGCCGUGGCAUUCAGCGGCCUGCCGGGUCUCUCCGCGUCGGGCACCGCCAUCUCCACGUCACUCCCGCUGGGCACCGUCCGGCUCACCGACCUCUGCACGGGAACCUCUCUCCGCCACUGGAGCCCGUCUGCGGUCAGCAUCUCUCGGGCCUCCUCCCUGCCGCGAGUUCUCAAAGUGAAGAAAGGAGGCAUGGCAUUUUCCAUCGACGACCUUUCAAAACGCAUGUAUCGCCUUGGCCGGUUUGUCAAUUGCCCAUCAAACUUAGAGCCACUGAUACAGGACCUGGUCAAAGCUGGAUUUUUCUACACUGGAAAGGAAGACAAGGUGGAAUGCUUCUCGUGCAAAGGAGUGAUCGGUAAUUGGAAGUCAGGUGACUCGGCCAUUGCAAAGCAUUUCCAGAGUUUUCCAAAUUGUACAUUUGCUCGGUCGUUGGCACAAGCUACAGAUGCUCAGACCUCCGCUGGAGCAUCUGUACCAAGACAUGUGGUGGCGGCUACCAACAACGCAUCCGAAAUCACCCAUCAUCACUCUCUGAACGAACCACCUCUGCAAAACUCUCCAACUUCCUUGCCACACGUGGAGGCAGGGGCACCAUCGAAUUCAGAGAUGCGCGUCGAAGCAAACAGGCUGCUGUCAUUCUCCACGUGGCCAGAGUCAUCUCCUGUCCGGCCGGCGGACUUGGCACGGGCCGGACUGUACUACUUGGGUCCCAGCGACCGGGUGAGGUGCUUCUAUUGCUGCGGCGUCAUGUCUCACUGGGAGGAGGGAGAUGUCCCUGUCAAGGAGCACCAGCGACAUUUCUCCACCUGUGCUUUCGUGAUGGGCUGCAGCGACACCGGUAACAUCCCACUCGCUCAGGCCCAGCAGGCCUCAUUUUUGCCGGACACUCAAAGCCGUGCGCGUUCUGCAUCUCCUAUGGCGAGGACGCGGGCCAGAAAUCCAAAAAUGCAUUUGAUGGUGGCCCGGCUUGCAACCUACCAGGCCUGGCCAUCCACUGCCAAUGUAGCUGCCCAUUCACUCGCAAUUGCUGGCUUCUAUUACACCGGUGAUGGAGACAAUGUGAAGUGCUUCCACUGUGACGGUGGCUUACGCAGCUGGGAACGAGGAGACAACCCUUGGUAUGAACAUGGCAAGUGGUUUCCCAGAUGUGCAUUUCUUUUACAACAGAAGGGUGAAGCUUUCGUUAAUGAAAUAAUGAUGCAGCAUCCACGGUUGUCAGAACUUAUGGAUGAGGUAUUCAGACAGAGAUCACAGAAUGCAGCAGCACAAUAUGUGAAUGGCAUCGGCUGCGCUGAUGAGACCUUGAUGAAGAGCGAUGUGGUCAAGGGUGUGCUUGAGAUGGGCUUCCUUGCACCGGUGGUGGAAUCUCUGGUGCGCACUCGCUACCUCACUAAGGGGGAGACGUACAGCUCUGUCGUUGAGCUCGUCAAAGACCUGCUUAAUGCAGAAGAAGAAUCCCCGAAGAAAUCCGCAAAUUACGUUCAGGAACAACAGAAGCCUGCUGCUGCUGAGAAAAAGGAACUAAAAAAUGAAGAAUCGCUGCUGCUGGAACAGGAGCUCAAGCGGCUACAGGAACAGCACACGUGCAAGGUGUGCAUGGACAAGGACGUGUCCGUUGUGUUCGUGCCGUGCGGGCAUCUCGUCGUGUGUCAGGACUGCGCCGUCUCUCUGGGCAAGUGCCCCAUCUGCCGCGCGGUUGUCAGAGGGACAAUUCGUACGUUUAUGUCGUAG